AUGUAUUCAUGCCCUGAGUUUUUACUGCAACAGCAAUGGUACGACCCGAGAUUGGAAUACGCGAAUCAAAGUAAUUACGAAUAUUUGAAUGCGAUUCAUCAUCAAAAAGAUAUUUGGCUUCCCGACACGUAUUUCAUAAUGCACGGAGAUUUCAAAGAUCCCCUCGAUCCGAUGCAUUUCGCAUUGAGAAUAUACAGAAACGGAAGUAUAACGUAUUUAAUGAGGAGACAUCUCAUAUUGAGCUGUCAGGGUAGCCUUCACAUAUUUCCAUUUGACGAUCCGCUUUGUUCUUUUGCAAUGGAAAGUAUUUCAUACGAAAGUUCGGCCAUAACAUACGUUUGGAAAAACGAUGAAGAUACAUUAAGAAAAUCACCAUCUUUAACAACACUCAAUGCAUAUUUAAUAGAAAAUCAAACGAUGGUUUGCCCAUUGAAAUCCACGUGGAGGGGAAACUAUAGUUGCUUAAAAGUAGAAUUAACAUUCACGAGGGAUAGAGCUUUUUAUUUCACGACCGUUUUUAUUCCCGGUAUUAUAUUGGUUACGUCAUCGUUCAUAACGUUCUGGUUGGAAUGGAACGCGGUUCCAGCAAGAGUCAUGAUCGGUGUGACAACAAUGCUCAAUUUUUUCACAACUUCUAACGGUUUUAGAUCAACACUGCCCGUCGUAUCGAAUCUCACGGCUAUGAAUUUAUGGGAUGGGGUUUGCAUGUGUUUCAUAUAUGCGAGUUUGUUAGAAUUUGUUUGCGUCAAUUACGUAGGACGCAAAAGACCAUUGCACAACGUCGUAUAUCGUCCCGGAGAAAAUCCCGUGACGCAGUACGAAAUCGAAAAUAUUUCAUUUGGAAUGAGUUCAAUUACACGUGAACCAUAA